AAAAAAAGAACUAUUGACAUAUCAUCAGAACAGUGAACUGUCAGGGUAGAUUGCGUAGAUUGGAUAUAUCCAAUCCAAUCGGAGUUGAUAUGCGGUAUAUAAAGUCACAGUACAAUCACAAUAUUUUCCAACAAUAGACGUAUGUUAUGGGAAUAUUAGUGGAUCGUAGGUAUCAAUAAUUUGGUGCGAAUGUUAAUGGUAAUAUAAAAUUUCCUAUAGUACAAAACGGGUAGCUUCCAAGAUACAGGUUAGUGGUUGGACGAAAAUCACGCGGUGUUUGAUUGGAAAAGAGAUAUUGUGUGCAAGAAUGGCGAGUUUUGCAGCCCAGGCGGCUCUGCGAGUAAAGUGGAGUUCAUUGGUGGAAGAUCAUGGUCUGGAAGUACCAUCAGAAGUGACCAGCAAAGUCACCAGUGUGGUCGGGUGGCUUAAACAGGCUUCUUUGGAAGUGAAGGCAGCUGGUCUCAGGGCAGUGAGUAAAUUAUCUGACGGCAGCAUGGGUGGCCAGAACCAAUUGGUGAUAUUGCAUUACAAUGAUGUAUAUAAUGUGGAAUCCAGGACUGGCCUUGAGCCUGUUGGUGGUGCUGCAAGGUUCUGCACAGCAAUGAAAAGUUUCCAAAAUUUGAAUCCAUUGAUACUCUUCAGUGGUGAUGCUUUCUCACCCAGCAUGUUGAGUACGUUCACAAAAGGCGAACAAAUGGUGCCGGUCUUAAACGACGUAGGAACUCAUUGCGCGGUAUUGGGAAAUCAUGACUUUGACCACGGAUUGGAAAUCUUGGGUCAAUGGGUUUCUAAGAGUAACUUCCCUUGGCUCAUGUCCAAUGUUCUCGAUAAAGAAACGGGACGGCCGUUGGGUGAAGGCAGAAUAACGCACGUGUUGGAUUGGGGCGGUCGUCGAAUUGGUCUUAUUGGGCUUGUAGAGAAAGAAUGGUUGGAUACAUUGGCUACAGUGAAUCCCGAAGAGGUUACGUUCCUCGACUACAGCGAGGCCGGACAGAAAUUGGCGCAGCAAUUAAAGCAGGAGGGUUGCGAUUAUAUAAUUGCGCUAACCCACAUGAGGACACCAAACGAUAUAAAAUUAGCAGAAAAUUGCCCAGAAAUAGAUUUGAUACUGGGGGGACACGAUCACGUUUACGAAAUUAAAGUCGUCAACGGGAUAAACAUAAUCAAAAGUGGAACGGACUUUAGGCAGUUCAGCAAAAUUACAGUUAACUUUGAUAAAGCCAAUAAGCCCGACGUGGUUGUCGAGGAAAUUAACGUUACUUCGGCAUUCGUCGAAGACGUAGAAUUAAAAGAGAAAUUGGAUAAGUACACUAGUAUUAUCGAAGGGAAAAUGGACGAGAUUUUGGGAUGUUUCUCGGUGCCACUGGAUGGACGUUUCCAAGCUAUAAGAACCUCAGAAUCGAAUUUGGGUAAUUGGGUUUGCGAUGUUGUUUUGGCCGCUACCGGAGCAGAUCUGGUUCUAUUGAAUUCCGGUACUUUUCGGUCCGAUCAAGUCCAUCCUGCCGGUGAUUUCACAAUGCGAGAUCUUGUUAACAUUAUCCCGAUGCGCGAUCCAUUGGUUGUGCUGUCGGUUACCGGACAACAGGUGUUGGAGAUUUUGGAAAACGGUGUCAGUCAGUAUCCGAAAUUGGAGGGUCGGUUCCCGCAAGUCGCCGGUCUCAGUUUCGCUUUCGAUCCGUCCAAAGCAGUCGGAGAUAGGGUAGAUCCCGCACUGAUUCGAAUCGGCGACGAAUAUUUAAAUCUGAAACAGAAAUACCGCUUGGCCACGAAGAACUAUCUGCAUUCAGGAUGCGACGGUUAUAACGUACUGAAGGACGCCCAAGUUUUAGUCGACGAUGACGAGUGUCCUGAAUUAGGAUUAGCAAUUCAAAAUCACUUCCAAGCAAUAAAUAUGCGAAUGGGAAAGACCAGACGCCAUUCCAAACAUCGACAAUCGCUCGUCACUUUGUCCAGAAGACAUAGUUUGGUGAAAAUGUUGGAUGGAAGUGAAUUGGAUGGGCCACCUCCACUACGCAGAUCGAGCACCACCGAGACACCUCCACCAGUUGUCCAUGGCCCCCAUUCCCAUCCGCAUGCAAAGUUGACACGCAGAGCUUCCCUCGAUGAUCUAGAACAUGACUCAUGCACCUUGACUCCGAGAAUCGAUCAGCGCAUCAUCAUAAUCACUACUCCUGAGAAAAAACAGGAAUUGCUUAUUUUGAAGCAACGGCUGGAGCAGGAUUCUGUGAUACAAGAGGUCGACGAUGAAUGCUCGCCGCAAUAUUAAUCUGGCUUCCAGAUGUUAAACAACUAAAUCUUCCGUUUGCAACUAUAAUUGAGUACAUUUAUUCAAUUGAAAGAUCUACACAAAAAAAAACUAACAAAAGUUUUACAGUCAAUUCUUUUAUCUACAAAAAGAUGUAUCUAAAAUGUACAUACAUUUAUUGUGCAAGUUUUUACGGAUUGGCCAUCGAAAAAAAUAAUAAAUUAAAGGACUUGCAAAUAUACUAGUCAUUAUAUUAUAUGAAAAAAUUUAGUUCACCAAUAGCAAGUGUUGUGUUUAAAAAAAAAUGUAGUUUUCGUUGUUCGAAAUUAGUUUAAAAUGUUUAAAUAUUAUGAAUUUCAGGCAAUAUUGCAAAUCGAUUUCAUUUCGGUAGUGCAAAAAAAAAUCACACUCAUUUUGGAUGAUCUGUGAUAAAAGAAAAGAAACAUUUCUCGCUAUCAAAUCGAAUCCCGUUCACGUUUCGUCUUCUAUUCGACGAUCUUUGCUUUCGUGCAUACUAAACUUAAUAUUCGCACUUUAUUUGUGAAAACUAUUUAUAUUCACUGCGUGCUUUUGAUGCUGUGAUCGUCCAAACAAACAAAAAAUAUUUAUAAAAAUUGAUAUUGUACUGCGAAAUUUGCUUUAA